UAGUGAUAGAAAGUUGCGUUACUGUAUCGUGCAGAUUGCAACUUAAAUAAUUUACUGGUUUCAGUUCGGUUUAUUGUCUUAAAGUUUAAUAAAAAUAGGCUGGUAAAUGCCACGCUUAUGUAAUACAUAGUAGCUACUGUAAGCAAAAAUAUUAACCGUAAAAUCGGAGGUGAAUCAAACUGCAGUGCAUUGAUCCCACGAGAAUUAUGUGGAAUUCCGUCGAGGAUGUUUUGGCAUUUAGCGGAUGCAUUUCACUCGUGCAUUAGAUUUGAAAGCAUGCAUAGUUUCGGAUGCAGAGCUUUUUCAGGUCAUAUGGGUCUUUUUUAAUCCGUCUUUUCCUCAAACCGUACACACAGCUGUGGGAAACGCGCAUAUGCCCACCGCUGAUGCCAUGUGGUCAAAGCAGCUGUGCAGUUGAUAACCAAUGACAGGCAGAAAACGCCGCGCGAGGCUGCAGCCUGAUAUUUAAACCAUCCACACAUCGCGCAUGCCAGAGAUGCGAGCUGCAGCGGUUUCUGCGCUGAGAACGGAAAGAUGCUGCCUUCCCCGAGCAGCCGCGUUCAUGGAUUAAGCUGGAUUUCAGGACACACCUGUAGAUUUUUCACCUGCGCUGCAUAAUGCCUUAUCUGAGACAGUACAUGAUUUUAGUGCUCUUCCUGGGCUUGUUUGGGGAAUGCCGGAGUAAACACGGCACGAGAGAGAGGAGGUGGACAGGAGCUGUGGAAACUCAGAAGCAUGGGACCUCCCUGGCAAAGAAGCCACCGGAUGUGACAAAAUCACGGCGACUGAAAACAGAGCAGUUGUUGAAAGUGGACGACCAUGACUUCACCAUGAGGCCCGCGUUUGGAGGUCCUGCUAUUCCAGUGGGAGUUGAUGUACAAGUGGAAAGCUUGGACAGUAUUUCAGAAGUAGACAUGGACUUCACUAUGACAUUAUACCUGAGACACUACUGGAAGGAUGAGCGCUUGUCUUUCACCAGCACCACAAAUAAAAGCAUGACUUUCGACGGGCGUUUGGUGAAGAAGAUCUGGGUUCCUGACGUCUUCUUCGUCCACUCUAAAAGAUCUUUUAUUCAUGACACCACCACAGAAAAUAUCAUGCUGAGAGUGUUCCCUGAUGGUCACGUUCUUUACAGCCUGAGUAUAGAUGACAAAAUAUCUCUCUCUCAGUUCCUCAUACAGAAGUUUCACACUACCUCUCGGCUGGCUUUCUACAGCAGCACAGGGUGGUACAACCGCCUGUAUAUAAACUUUACUCUUCGCCGCCACAUUUUCUUCUUCCUGCUGCAGACUUAUUUCCCUGCCACUCUUAUGGUUAUGUUGUCAUGGGUAUCGUUCUGGAUUGAUCGCAGGGCUGUUCCAGCCAGAGUUUCAUUAGGUAUCACCACGGUGCUCACCAUGUCCACCAUCAUCACUGGGGUGAAUGCCUCCAUGCCCAGAGUCUCCUACAUCAAAGCUGUGGACAUUUACCUGUGGGUCAGUUUUGUGUUUGUGUUCCUGUCUGUCUUGGAGUAUGCAGCAGUCAACUAUCUGACCACAGUCCAGGAGAGGAGAGAGCGUAAGCUCAGAGAUCGAGCAGUUAGAGAGCAGGUAUAUACUUGUAUAUAAAUAUCUCUUGUAAUUUCAAUCAAAUAUUCAAUCAUAACACAAAAGAUUGUGUGGAUAUUUUGUCCCACUCAUCCAUUAAAAGAAAGUCAUGUCAACCACAUUGCACUGUGGGAUAUUGUACUUCACACAGUGUGUAUGUUUUAAAUUUAUGUCUGUGCAU